AUGGGCCAACCUGGACAAGCGGCGCCUGGAAUGCGCCAGAUGUACGCACCGCCUCCUGGGAUGAUGAAUUCUCAAGUUCCUGGACAGCCGAUGUACGGUCAUCCCUCACAGAUGCAACAAGCCCAGAUUAUGUCACGUUUCCCACCUCAUUGGCAGCAGGAAAUUCACGUUGAACAAAGUCAAGAGCGUAAAAAACAACUGUUCUCGACAUACUUCAACACAAUGCAACAACAACAACAGUCAAAGAUGGUGUCGAAUGGACAGGGUGCUAUCAUACAUCAACAGAUGAUGGGACAAGGUGGUGUAAUGGUAGGUCCAAGUGGACAACGAGCUCCAGCGGGACCUGGAGUUUAUGCCCAGCAGCAGCAGUCAGCAUCUGUGAUGGCACCAUCGACUGGACCAAUGUCAAACAGUGGGAUGUCUGGUCCGGCAUCAGCCCCUAUGCCUGCACAGCAAAUGAGGAUGGCUGGUCACAUGGCAGGUGGUCAAGGUGGAGGUCCACAACAAAUGAUGUCUGCGUCGUCGAUGAACUCGCAGUCAUCUGGUCAUAUAGGUGCUGGAGCUAGCCCACAGGUACAUUCUUCUUUUGCUGGCCAUCAAAUGGCUGUUGGUUCUCCUCAUAUGUCGGGUGUUGGCCCUGCUGGCGGAAUGUCAAAUUCGCCGGUAACGUCUAUUCAACCGUCCACUCCCCAGAAUCCCUCGUCGGUUCAACCUGGUAGUGUCGGUCCCGGUAGUCAGCAGCCGGGCUCUGUUCCAAGUCAGGACGAAAACACAAAGGAGUAUAACGAUCUGUCACUGUUGGAAAAAAUCGUGGGAAAUGUGCGUACGAUCGUUGAACGUUCGAGCCUCACGUAUCCAGUGAUUGAGACAUUGCGGCAAAUUGAAGCCGAAGGGCAGACGUCGAUUUUCACCCAUGGUGUUGAUGAGGGCCAUCGCUCUUCGUCUCAACCAAACCCUCCACAAGCACUUCUGGAUCCAUGGCGAUCGGUGCGACAUUUGAUGAUCAAGGUGCCUGAACAUCUAGCGAAUCUAAGCAAUUCUGACGAUGAUUCGGCAACAGAUGUUGGUGCGGUGAAGUCAUCAAUAGCAGGUUCAUCGCUAAAACGUCCUGCUCCUUCAGAUCUCAACGAUACAGGAAUUGAAGUAAAAAUGGAGAAACUGGGUAAGAAAGUAAUGCUCAUUAUUCUAAAAAUAUCUUUCCGUGACGCUAUAAACAUUGCAGAUGACUCAGCUCAUGUUGAACAGAGUACUGACCCAUCCGAGGACGAAAAUAUGCGAAUAAAGAUUGAUUGCCUGUUCGAUACCCGUCAACCAUGGCGAAUGUCGGUAGCGGCUUCACGCGAGUUGAAUGAAUUACCGUGGCGAGUGGAUACGGAUUGCUUACCGGCCUCCAGUCAUAGUCCCGAUGCUGUGAUCUGUUUCGAUUCGGAUUUGUUGUUAUGCCCUCCAUUACGCGUACUUGUUCCUGCUUCUUACCCUCUCGAUCCGGCUGUCAUUCAAUUCGACCGUUCAUUCCCACGUGGUGUUCAAAUAUCGUCGCAGUUGUCUACGAUGCUCGAACGCAGUUUGUCGGUGGCGCCGUCGCGUUCAUUGACGCAUAUCCACAGCGCUUUUCGAUCAGCGUGUCAAGAACUGAUGCGUUUGAAAGGCGUUCAUAACGGCCACUACAUUCCCAACAAACAGCACAAACAGUUGGUUGCCUGA